AUGGAUAACAUAUUUGGAAAAGAAGAUUCUGGAAAUGAAAGUGAACACACAGACAUUGAAGAGAAGUUAGAAAAAGACAGUUCAUCCCGAAAUUUGGUAUCUAAAGAUGCAGAAUCAGUUGAUGUGGAUAAUAUCCAGGUUAAGGUAGAAUCAGAUGCAAUGAGUUCUCAAUCUCAAUCGGAUGUAGAAGAAGUGGGCUCUAAUUUAUUAAGUGCAGUAGUGGAAGAUCAGAUUGAAAUUGUUAAACAUGAAAUUGAAACCAGGGAAGAAGAUCAAACUACAGAGGAUCUGUUUGGCAAUCAUAUAGUAUUACCUCAUGCAAAUCCAACCAGUGUUAAAGAGAGAAGAGAAAGCAAAGAGAAAAGUAAGAAAGAAUUAGAAGAGGAGGAGAGAGAAAAAAUGCAGGUAUUAGUUUCAAAUUUUACAGAGGAUCAGUUGGAUAGGUAUGAAAUGUAUAGGAGAGCAGCAUUUCCAAAAGCAGCUAUAAAAAGGAUUAUGCAAACCAUAACAGGUUGUUCUGUAUCACAAAAUGUAGUAAUAGCUAUGUCUGGUAUUGCAAAAGUGUUUGUUGGAGAAAUUGUAGAAGAAGCCCUUGAUGUUAUGGAAGCACACCAAGAAACGGGACCAUUACAGCCAAAACAUUUGAGGGAGGCAGUUAGAAGACUAAGACUUCAAGGACAGAUUCCAAAUGGUCGAGCACAUAAGGCAUUUUUUAGGCUGUAAAUAACAGACAGCAGAUCUAGUUCGGGCCAGGCUACAAUUUCAGUUUGCAAAAAUUGUGCACAGUGACCUGAGGAACUGUUGCGAGUUAUAUGAUAUUUUUGUAUAAAAUAAAUAGAGA